UCCCCAUGAGUGACAGAGAGAGAGAGAGAGAGAGAGAGAGAGAGGUUACAUGCGGACGAGGGGGAUUCAAUCAGGAAAGGCGCACGGUUGGCUCAAUUUGGGAUUCGAACUGGCUUUGGCAGGCAGGGGUGCCACGAAGUAACGAGGUUAGCUAGCACCUCGUAGAUGGUCUUAUUUUCAAGAUGAGGUUAAGAGUUGGAUUUAUUCUUCGUAGUGUAAUAGUUAUUGCCACAUUCUUAGGGCUUGUGGUGCUUUGGUCUUCCCUUUCGCCGAAAGAGCACGACGAAAAUCCCUUCGCUAAACGGGAGGGAGAUGCCUCUAACCUCUUGCCUAAGAAUGACAUUGCUGACCAGUUCAAACCCGUGGUCCCCUGGCCCCACGUGGAAGGGGUCGAGGUGGACCUGGACUCCAUCAGACAGAAGAACAGGGGAGACGACAAGCUGGUUCCUGGCAAACCAGCCGGCGGUGCUCAGAACCAGCAAAAUGUCAUCCAGAAACAGUAUGUCACCUUCAAGCCCCACACCAAUGUCUACUCGGCACCUGUCCUAAGGAAGGGGACCCUGGGGAACUUUGAGCUCAAGGAGCCGGAGCCCCACGGGGUGCAGGAUGGGCCUGGGGAGGGGGCGAAGCCAUUCGUCCUGGGAGCGGAAUAUCACGAGGCCGUCCAGGCCAGCAUUAAGGAAUUUGGCUUCAACAUGGUGGCCAGCGACAUGAUCUCCCUAGACAGGACCAUCAGCGACAUUCGCCAUGAAGAGUGUAAGUACUGGCACUACGACGACAACCUGUUGACGUCCAGUGUCAUCAUCGUGUUUCACAAUGAGGGCUGGUCCACCCUGAUGAGGACGGUCCACAGCGUCAUCAAGAGAACGCCCAGACGAUACCUGGCCGAGAUCGUCAUGAUCGACGACUUCAGCAACAAAGUGCACCUGAAGGAGAGACUAGAAGAGUACAUUAAGCAGUGGAACGGCCUGGUCAAACUGCACCGCAAUGAGAAGCGAGAGGGCCUCAUCCAGGCUAGGAGUAUAGGAGCCCAUGUAGCCACCCUGGGACAGGUUCUUAUCUAUUUAGACGCUCACUGUGAAGUCACUGCCAACUGGUACGCCCCUCUGGUGGCCCCCAUAUCCAAGGACAGAACGGUAUGCACUGUACCUCUGAUAGAUUAUAUAGACGGCAGUGACUAUACCAUAGAGCCCCAGCAAGGUGGUGAUGAGGACGGGCUGGCCCGGGGAGCCUGGGACUGGAGCCUGCUGUGGAAGAGAGUGCCUCUCUCCAGCAGGGAGAAGGCUAAGCGAAAGCAUAAGACCGAGCCUUAUCGGUCUCCUGCCAUGGCUGGGGGGCUGUUUGCCAUUGAGAGGGACUUCUUCUUUGAGCUGGGCCUCUAUGACCCAGGACUGCAGAUCUGGGGAGGGGAGAACUUUGAGAUAUCCUAUAAGAUCUGGCAGUGUGGUGGCCAGCUGCUCUUCGUGCCGUGCUCACGCGUGGGCCAUAUCUACCGCCUACAGGGCUGGCAGGGCAACCCACCCCCUGCCCACGUUGGCUCCUCGCCCACACUUAAGAAUUAUGUGCGUGUGGUGGAGGUUUGGUGGGACGACUACAAGGACUACUUCUACGCAAGCCGGCCGGAGACCCUCACCCUGGCCUACGGGGACAUCAGCCAGCUCAAGAAGUUCAGAGAGGAGCACCGCUGCAAGAGCUUCAAGUGGUUCAUGGAAGAAAUUGCCUAUGACAUCCCCAUGAACUACCCACUGCCCCCCAAAAACGUGGAAUGGGGAGAGGUCCGUGGAUAUGAGACCAGCUACUGCAUUGACAGUAUGGGCCACACCCACGGAGGCAACGUGGAGAUUGGACCCUGUCACAGAAUGGGUGGGAACCAGCUUUUCAGGAUAAAUGAAGCCAACCAGCUCAUGCAGUAUGACCAGUGCUUGACGAAAGGACCAGACGGGUCAGCGGUGAUCAUUACACACUGUAACAUGAACGAGAACACAGAGUGGAGAUACUUCAAGGACCUCCACAGGUUCACCCACGUCCCCACGGGGAGGUGCCUGGACCGGUCGGACGUCCUCCACAAGGUCUUCAUCGCAGACUGUGACACCAGCAAAAGCACACAAAAGUGGGAGAUGAACAAUAUUGUAGCGGUUUAAAGCUACGGCCCCACAGAGGGUACUUUACUCCUACUGGAACUCACUCAACAGGAUAGGGCAUCGAACACUGCACUUCAACUGUCUGCUGCAUUGAGAGGUUGUGUACGUCCAAAAUGGCACACUAUUUCCCUAUAUAGUGCACUACUUCCAGAGCCCGAUGGGCAGGGGCGUCAAUUGUGUAUGGCAGUCAACAUACACCAACUAUUUUAAAAUGGGCUACUGAAGUCAUUCCAAUCCCCAUUAAAUGGCAAAUGCAGUUUAAGCGGUAAUAGCUGGCAGGCCUCCGAGCGCGUGGAAAGACUGUCUGGCUAGAGCACAUUGAGCUGAGGUAGCUUUUGUCUUAAAACAGUGCAGAGGUGGAAGAUUGCUGUAGAUGGCUAUGAAACUGCACUUUUGACUUCAUGUGGAACUUAACUCGUUUUUAAUCCCAGUGCUGAGCUAGUGCUUAGUAGCUAAUUGCUGUAUGACAUGUUUGUAGAAAGUUAAGUCCCUUAUUGACUGUGGGGAAUGAAGCUACAUCUAAGGUGAUAAUGGCUGGAGUCAAUUCUGCUUGUUUUCACUGUCUCCAAAUAGCUUUUUAGAGUUUAAAUUGAGUAGGUUUAGCUGAAAUGACACCCCUACCUAAGGGCCCUGGUCAAAAGUAAUGCACUAUAUAGGGGAUACUGUGCUCUCUCAACCAUGUCCCACGGAAGAUACUCCUCCGCACACACACUUGGAUAAUGGACCUUUUUUCAGUUGUAGAUGUUUACACGUUCUUGCUCUUCUCUCGAUCUUUACAUCUUAUUGGGGUCUUUGGGCUAUUACUCAGGGGUCGUGGAAAUGUUCUAACUUUAAAAAAACAUUGGUGGAGGAUUCAUUAAUCAAUGUGCAGAAUUGAACAUUCAACAAUUCAAAACCACUUCUAGUAGUCGUGUAAUAAACUGCCCACUAGCUAGGUUUUUAUAACCUGGUCUCAGAUCUGUUUGUACAAUGACCCAUAGGUGUUUAAUUGACAAGAAAGCACAAACAGAUCUGGGACCAGGCUAGAUGGAUAAGUCCACUCAUGAAUCAUGGUCAAGAAUGAACACUGGAUGUUUUGAAAGGACUUACUACUUCAAUGAUGUUGGUCUUAGGCACAGUGAAAUUCCAAAAGCUUGAAUUUAACAUGUUGGCUCUAACAGGUGAAUUUCAAAUGGCUAUAUAAAGAAAGGGUUUGUGUUUUUUAGUGUUUUUAUAUUUCCAGCUUGGUAUGUAAAUGUUGUUGAAUGAGGACUACAAAGCAACCAGAAUCAGACACCAAUUUGUUCAAUGCAAAAUUAAGAAAAUGUUUUCUUUGGGGUGUGAUGUGUAUGCAUUUUUUAUAAUGUAAAUAGGUUUAUUUCUAAAACAUAGAGCUAUACAGUGAGCCUUGGAUGAAGGUGUACAUAUCUAACUUAUAAAAAAUAUUGGCUCAAACUGUACUCAUGGCAAUAAAUUGAACCUUUUUACCAACGA